AUGGAAGAUUUAGGGGGUACCCGGUUUGAUGGUCUCAGCAAUGCUGUGAGGAGUGAGAACAGGGUUAAAAAGGUUAAACUCAAGGUUGGCGGUGUGACGCGUACUAUUCAAGUUAACUUUGCAUCCAAUGGUACUUCAGGAAGUGGAUCGACUAUGAAGAGCUCACGUUCAUCAGAUGCCUCCAGACCCCGUCAAAAGCAACAGAGUAAUUCAGAUGAUAAUAAUUCUCCUUCUGAUAAGAGGAGUGGUCUGCAAGGCGUUCCGUGGAAGGAUUUCUCAAAGGGUGGUUUUGGUCGUGGGAAGGAGGAAUCAUUGAUGGGGAAGAUAUCUGGAAAGAACGCAUCUGGUAAGCAGGGAGACAAGUCGGAACCAGUUCGUAAGAGCAAGAGAGUACCAAAGAGAGGUGUGCUUGAUGACGAAUUCGGUGAUGACAACGAGGAUGAUGAGAUCCGAUACUUGGAAAAGCUGAAAGCAUCAAAAGUUUCUGCAGUCUACAGAGAUGAAGAAGAAUUAAGCAAGAAACGUCGGAAACUCUCUAGUGUCUCGAAUAUGGAAAAUGUAUCCUCGUCAAGGUCAGGCAAAGAUGGUAAGAAAAGGUCUAGAUCUGAUAAAAUGUAUGAGGACACAGAUUAUGAGGACGAAGAGGAGUCGGUGUCCGAUGGUGACCUGGAGGAUAAGAAAAAGAAGAAACAGAGGAAGGAAUCUGUUGAUGUAUUGAUGGACAGUAAGAGGGAAAUGACUCUUACAACACGCCAACGGGCCCUUCAAUCAAGCAAAGAUGCCUCUGCAUCUGGUGCAGGUUUAAUCAUUGAAUGA